GUGUGGGUUUUGUAGGAAUCUAUUCCCUCAAUAAAUGAUGUAGGUAGGUGGGCUUGAUAAAAGCAGGUCAGGUCUCUGUAUGAGCUUAGAAGAAAUGGAGAUGAAAUUAGCAUCAAUCAAUGAUAUAAUAAUAAUAUUCACGGGCUCGGAUCAGUAUGUUUUAAUGAGUCUGACUAGUACUGUAGUCUGUAAUUAUUAUAUUUAAUCAUCUCUUGCCGCGCACAGAUUCUUGCCAAACUGUGAUGCACUUUGCUUCUUUUUGUAGUUUGUAGCGGCAACCAAUUACCCUUUAAUUGUGCUUAGAUCAACUUUGUCAAAAGAAAAACCUAAUACACACACCACAGGGUGCUUCCCCCUAUCAUCUCUUUUCGACUCGGCUUUUAUGGCCAAAAUUUGGGUUGAAGUUUGCUUGAUAUCUGCUCGUGGGCUUCGACAUACUUCCUCCCUUUGGAAGCUUCAGUGGUUUGCUGUUGGGUGGAUCGAUCCUAACAACAAGUAUUGCACCAAGAUCGAUCCCUCUGGGAACGCCAAUCCCAUAUGGAAGACCAAAUUUGCUACUUUGGUUGAUGAUUCAAACUUUCAAGACAUGGCAUUACAUGUUGAAGUAUACAGCAGGGAGCCACUUUUCCUUAGAGAAAGUCUUCAAGGCACUGCAACUGUCGCCUUGAAAGAGUUCCUAGCAAAGACCCCAGGAAAAGAAGAAGUUGGGAGCUAUCAACUGCGCAGAAGAAGUUCCAGUAAGCCGCAAGGGUUUGUAGAUAUUUCUAUUCAUAUUUCAGAGGAUAAGGGAGAUCCAAGUUCUUACACAGGAAAUGAGGGACAACUUAAGCUGAUGGAUCACCACCACAAUAUUGCAUUAUCUUCUGAAGGUGUGUCAGGGAAAACCUUUCCGUCAGAGCUGCCUCUUGCUCCGCCCAGACGCCCAGAAAAUCAAUCAUCAAAUUUUUCAUAUGCUCAUCCCAUGCCAUAUCCUACAAACUACUCCAGUCAAUCCCUGGUCGGACCAAGUUAUCCCCCAGCAGCAGCAGGACCCAGCUAUAACCCACCGCUUACUCCUCCCCCACCACCACCGCCUUCUAAUGUUGGUUAUGUACCCACUUUUCUCCCAAAUUCUGAUUACAUAAAUAUGCCCUCAUCUCUGGCACCAUCCGGUAGGGGUGCCAGACCUGGUUUAGCCAUGGGUGUUGGUGCUGGUGCUCUGGCUGCGGGUGCUGUGAUUUUUGGUGAUGACUUCAUGUCAGGAUUUGAUAUUCCUGCAACCUUACCGGAUCCUAGUCUUACAAUAUCAACAGAUCCUCCUUUCUGAUACAAUCGUGCUACAACUCCUGUAAUUUGUUUGAUUUGAUGUUCUAUAUGAGACAUUUUCAUUUGGUUAUCCAUGUAUAUUCCACCUUUAUGGCCAUAAAUA